AUGGAGGGCGCACCAUUACCCUCCCCACUGGAGGUGAAUGCAUUGCGAGACUCAUUCGGUGAUCGAAAGCCACCGGAUAUCACUCGAAAGAUCACUGCUUGCGUUGCUUGCCGAAAACAGAAGGUCAAAUGUCAUAUGCGUGAUGGCCAGAUACCAUGCUCACGGUGCAAAAAGAGAGGGUUGCCAUGUGCGGUCAAUCGAAGCUUACAGACUCUACUCGAGCAGGAUGUGACAUGGAAAGGAGCAGUUGUCCAAAAGAUCAAACGGCUUGAAGACGCUAUUGCCAAAAUAGCCACCAAGGUUGAUAUCCCUGAGUUGGGAACAAAGUCACAAAAUGAGGAGCAUUUAGACUCCAUCAGUCCACCCGCGGUGGAUAUGACCAACGCGGACCUAGCAAGCCCGAGUCCAGAAUCCCCAGUCCAGGAUGAACAGUCGGCAAGCAACACCUGGAGAGUAGUUAUGGACCCUCGAGGUGGUCCAGGAUCCAUCCCAGCGUCCAGUCUCUCUGACAAUAUUAGAGCCACUAUGCCAAGUGGUUUAUCAACGACUCGUCGGCCAGAUCUGAUAUCCACCGGUUUAAUUACAAUGCGCCAAGGGCUUGCACUAUUCGAUACAUACCACCUCCGCUUGGAUCAUUUCUUAUAUAGGAUUCUUGGUGACCACAUUAGUUUGGACUCAGUUCGCAACGCAUCACCUUUGUUGACAGCGGCAGUUUGCACUGUGGGGGCUUUACAUUCGCCUUCUCAAGGCCAUCUCUUCGAAACGUGUUAUUCGGAAUUCAAAGGCUUGGUGUCUAGCCAAGUAUUCUCGCGACACGUAAACGAGGACGACAUUCGAGGUUUAUGUAUUGGUGCAUUUUGGUUGCAUGAAUUGUCUUGGGCGUUAAUUGGAAAUGCCGUCCGGAUUGCAUCCAAUAUUAAUUUGCAUAGCGGAAUUUACAAGGCUCUCAAGGGCGACCGGGAAGGUUACAUCCAAGCCCGCCUGUACUAUUUAGUCUAUGUCUGCGACCACCACUUCUCGAUCGCAUAUGGCAGGCCUCCAAUGUCACGCGAGGGAUUCAUCAUCAAUUCUGCCAGUAAAUUGCUCGGAACUGAGAAUGCAACUGAAGAUGAUGCCAGACUAGUCAGCCAGGUCAAAGAGUGGGCCAUCUUGGGUCAGGUAUUUGACACCUUCGGCGUCGAUGUCGACACAGCUAUUCAUCCCCAGAUAAUACCACAACUCCGACGGUACUCAAUCGCAUUGGAUACCUGGUAUGCUGAUUGGAUUGAAAGCUUUCAAGAAAAUCGUCGGGUGGGAAAUUACCCAGCCAAGGGAGUUGGAUUUCAUUUCCAUUUCGCAAAGCUCUAUCUUUGUUCACAUGCAUUCCGCGGAGUCCCAGCCCUCGAGAAUACGACGCAAUAUUUUUCUCCCGAGUUAGAAGAGAUCGCCAACUCUGGUGUACUUGCCGCCAUGUCAAUUCUCCGAGUCAUCGUCUCGGACCCGGAAUUUCGGUCAUUUAUGAAUGGUCUUCCUCUAUACUUCGACACGAUGCUCGCGUUCGCAGUGGUCUUUCUUUUGAAGGUGGCUACUAAAUAUGCAGCUGUGAUACGGAUUGACACCGAAAAAAUCAUAUCCCUUGUUUCUCAGACGGUAGCUGCCCUUCGAGAAAUAACCCAGCCAAUGCAUCGUCAGCAUUUGCUAGUUACAAUCUCGGAAGGGCUAGAGAAACUCCUCUACAAAUGCCGAGCUCCGAUACAAUCAACGGACGAAGGAAUAACGUAUCAACCAUCACCAGCAAUGGACCCUCACGCCCAGUUUGAUACAGCCUGGAUGGAAAAUAUGGCGAGCUUUGACUUCCAGACCAAUUUCCCCGAUCUAGAUGAAUGGUGGCUUCAUUAUAAUGCAGCGGUAGGAUCUAGUGCACGGGGAAUGCCAUUGGGUUCAUAA